GGUCCUUUACGGCCGCUCGCCUGCUCCGCCUCCUCUUGCUGAAGGAAGGAACAUGGAGACUACGGGAAAAGUGAUCAAGUGCAAGGCAGCUGUUGCCUGGGGACCUGGCAAACCUCUUUCCAUUGAGGAGGUGGAGGUGGCACCACCCAAGGCCCAUGAAGUCCGCAUCAAGCUCUUUGCCACAGGGGUGUGUCACACAGACGCCUACACCCUGAGCGGCAGUGACCCCGAAGGACUCUUUCCUGUGAUCCUGGGCCAUGAGGGCGCCGGGACGGUCGAGAGUGUCGGAGAGGGCGUCACCAAAUUCAAGACAGGUGAUACUGUCAUUCCGCUGUAUGUGCCUCAGUGCGGGGAAUGCAAAUUCUGCAAAAAUCCCAAGACCAACCUUUGCCAGAAAAUUAGAGUUACCCAGGGCCAGGGUUUGCUCCCGGACGGCACCUCGCGCUUCACAUGCAAGGGAAAGCAAGUGUUUCACUUCAUGGGCACCAGCACCUUCACCGAGUACACAGUGGUGGCCGACAUCUCCCUGGCCAAGGUGAACGAGAGCGCUCCGCUGGAUAAGGUGUGCCUGCUUGGAUGUGGCAUCUCCACAGGAUACGGCGCCGCUCUCAACACCGCCAAGGUUGAGGCUGGUUCCACGUGCGCCGUGUUUGGCCUCGGAGCCGUCGGCUUAGCCGUCAUCAUGGGUUGCAAGGUUGCCGGGGCAACCAGGAUCAUCGGUGUGGACAUCAACCCUGGGAAGUUCGACAAAGCCAAGGAGUUCGGAGCCACCGAGUUCGUGAACCCCAAAGACCACAGCCGGCCCAUCCAGGAGGUCCUGGUGGAGAUGACUGACGGGGGUGUGGACUACUCCUUCGAGUGCAUCGGAAAUGUGCAAAUCAUGAGAGCCGCUCUGGAGGCGUGCCACAAAGGAUGGGGUGAGAGUGUCAUCAUUGGCGUAGCCGGAGCCGGACAGGAGAUCUCGACCAGACCGUUCCAGCUGGUGACAGGCCGAGUGUGGAGGGGAACCGCCUUCGGAGGCUGGAAGAGUGUGGAGAGCGUUCCUAAGCUGGUGGAAGAAUACAUGAACAAAAAACUCAAGGUGGAUGAGUUUGUUACCCACACUCUGCCCUUUGAGCAGAUCAAUAAGGGAUUCGACCUCAUGCACGCUGGAGAGAGUAUCCGCACAGUGCUGACCUUCUGAAGUGCCUACAGCAUCGACCUCCUUCACAUCCGCCCUUUAGACAAACUUCUUCUAUAGUCGCAGCACUUAAUGUUUUUCUCUGCACUUGUUUGAAAAAUAACAUUGACUAUGAGAAAACUCAUUUGUAUUAACAGUAGAAUACCUGUUGGAUCCAAAGUGGUGCUAUUAAAAUCCUUUUGAAGGUG